AUGUCAUCAAUAGAUAAACUUUUAAAAUGUUUACAAGAACUUUCAGUAUGUCGCCAAAAUAUAUUACAACUUUCAAAAAAUAGUCUUUUCCAGGAAAACGGCGAAGCACUUAAAUAUUGUGAGGAUAUUGAACAAAUUUUUAAUGAUAUUGACGAUAAAGAACUAGGCCUCGCGUCCAAGUUGUUAUUUGAUCCUAAUAUCGGAAUAAUCAAAUUCUUGUUAGAAUUAAUUAAUGUGUUUGAUAAAACUCUCCAGAAAGCAAAGAUUGCACUAUUAGAAUUUUUAUUUCUUUACAUCAAAAGAGUCAAAGCCGGUAUUGAACCGUAUUCUGAACAGAUAAAGGAAGGAUGCUUCUCUAUUCUUCAAUUUGAUGAUGAAGCUUUUGUUCGAGCUGCAUCUUUCAAACCAAUGAUGGCAAUGUUUGAUUUUAGUAUUCCAAUUAUUGAUCCUGAAAAAUUACACGUACAAGAUAUCUUAAAAAGAUAUCUUGAUUGUAUUUUUGUGAAGAGCAAGAUGCAAGCAAGCAUAAAAGCACAUAGAUUUCCUAAACAAUCAGAAAAAGAUGCUGAAAAGAUUCUUCGUGUAUUUGUCAAUAUGUUGAAGGAUCCAGGCAACUCGAAUGCAGCGUUUAAAAUCGGUUUUGAUUAUAUUAUUGAUCAUUCUUCCAUCUUUGGUAAAUAUUACUUACAACAUUAUGAAGAAUUAUGGACAUGUCUUUGGGUAUGUUGCGAACAUAUAAAUAGAGAUUUAAAACGUUCAGCAUUUAAAGCCAUUGGUGAAUUUCUAAAAACGUAUUUCAUAUCAAAAUUUGUCAACAUUUGGAAAACGAGAAACUCUGAACAAGAACAAAAAGUUGAGAUUGAGAUCAAGGAUCAAUAUCCCAAGGGUCUUUCUAUUGCGGUGCGUGGUGUCGGUUAUUUUGCGGCCCCGGCAAAAAAGAUUAUGGAUAAGGUUAAAUUACAACAAUUGUUUCAAGAUUUGUUAAAACCUGGCUCAUUAGUUGUGUUAAGCGUAGAUGAAAAUGAAAUCUUAGCCAAUGUUUAUCAAAUUCCCUUAUUCAUUGAAGCCUUUUGUUAUAUUGGACAAGAGUUUGAUGUUAUUUUUGAUGAAUUAUUGGAAACUAUUGAGCAAGAAGUAAGAAUAAUGUUGAUUUAUUAUCCACGAUUAAUACACGACUUACGUAUUCGCGGUGCAAAUGCAUUUGAACAAUUAUUAUGGAUGUUGUACAAAAAAGGAUCUGUUUAUCAGGCGUUGAUUUUAACUUGUUCUGAUGCAAUACAAAGUCAACAAUUAUUUGAUAAUCAAAGACAAGAUAUUCCCAAUAUUAUAGACACGGUAGCCGAUCAUACCUAUCAGGAAAUGUUUCAUUUAUGGAAUCAUAUAUUUAGUGAUUCUACUUUAUUAUGGGUUGGUCAUCAGAUGAGCGAAGACAUAGAAAAUAAUAGUGACGCAGUCAAAGAAUUCUUUACUAUCCUUUAUGAUGAAUUCUUUUUAGCAAUAUUUCGUAUCAUUCGGGCACUCAAUUUUAAAGUGAUUGAUAUUACAACUAAUACUGAAAAUACUCAAGAAAUUAUUGAUUCUAAUUUAAUAGCUAUUGCGGGUUCUAGUGAUUUGUCAAAUUUACAACCUGUAGUUUCCAAAGAUUUUAUUAUAUUUCAAAAUCUUGUGGAUUUUUGGCAAUUAUUUUUACCUGGAAUUAGGAAAGAAUUAUUUUCAAGAUGGGUUUAUUUAGCUGGGGAUAAUCUUAUAUCUUUGUCUACACAAUAUCCUUAUGUUAGCGGUUUUUAUAAAAUGGUGGGAUCAUGUUUAAAAAUAUGCGAAUCUAUUCAAUAUUUUACUGGAGUUAAAAAUUUAGACAUUGAGAUGGAAAAUGUCACACAAAGUCAAUUCUUACCUUCCACAACAUCUAUGCAGCGUGUAAGCUAUUUUCUUUAUUCGAAAUUUAUCAAGGAAGUUUGUGCUCGAUUGGUUCAAUAUAAAGAUGAUUUAUUAGCAUCUUGUCUUCGUCUUGUCCUCUCCGUUCCUAAAGAACUUUUAAAUAUCAAUGAUCUUGUAUCACCAAUAUGCAUUGCUUUAAAAUUGGGUCAAAGUUAUCAACCACUUACUAAUAUUGGAUUGGAUGUAAUAGAAAAGAUUGUGGAUUUAAAAGGACCUCAGGAUUUAAGUAAAUGGCUUGGACAAAUAUUACCAUUUUUAAAUGAUUAUUUGUUAGUUAAAGCGGAUACAAUGGAUAAUUCUUUAAAGGAGAUUGCACAAUUUCGAGCAAAUUCUCAAAAAAAUAGAAAUGGUUUGAAAUCAGUAGAGAAAGCACGAAAGCAAAAGAUAAAGGAAUCAGGGAUGAUUAAAUCAUUUAAAACUAUUGUAGGGGUUGGACAACUUGAAAAGAACGUUGGUUUAUAUGACUUGCAAGUACGCGUUCUUCGAAUUCUUGGUAGACUUGGUGGAGUUAAUAAAUUAAUCAUUGAGGAUAUAUCAAAUGAAGGCACCAUUCUUAAGCUCAAUACACAAUUUAAAUCAUCUAAUUUUAAGAAUAAAAGUCUAACUAGUAAUCUUCUUGCUUGGGAUCCUGAGAGACCCGAAUCUGCUCCUGAUAGAAAAACAAAAGUUAUAUCUUGUGAAUUAUUGCAUUCUAUUAUGUUACUUAUGAUAGGGAGAAGUGCAUUUCAAGCUCGUAUCACUAAAGGACCUCAAGAGAGCCCAUUUUGCAAAAUAUAUCAUCGUAUAUUUCCUGUUCUUUUGCGUUUGGCGAUAGAUACUGAUCAAGUUCCAAGAAAAUUAUUUCGAAGGCUUGUUUCUCAAUUAAUUCAUUGGUUUACAAAUAAUGCACAAUAUGAGAAUCCGGAAACUAUGACUUUAUUACAAUGUUGUCUUGAUGCUACUUGUGAUUCUUGGGGUUCAUUGAGAGAUUAUGGUGCUGAGUGUCUUAAUGAAUUUUUAUUAUGGUCAAUUAAACAGUCUUCAAAUCAGCAAAUAGAAAAGGAUCCUCUGAAUAUUAAAUCAUUAUUUAACCGUUUAUACAAUGCUUCUGCACAUCCUGAUUAUACAAAACGUUUGGGUGCUUCUUUGGCCAUUAAUCAUAUUUACAGAGUUUUUCGUGAAGAAGAAUAUUUAGUUAAUCAUUUCACUUUCGAACUUUUAUAUUGGACAUUAUUUAAUUUAAGAUUAUCUGAACAAGAUCAAGAUGCUAUUGGUACUCGACAACAAGCAAUAAUGGCAAUUCGCCAUUUGAAAAAGAUAAUCAAUUUAAAAUCUAACUUAUUUCUAACUAAGAUAAAUAAUAGGCGAAAAUUUCCUGGCCUCCCAGAAGCAAAUUUAUUAUCUUUAGUGAAUUGGCUUUUUAUGGAAACUAAUCGUAAAGAAAGUGAUUAUGCUAAUAUGUAUUUUAAAAAUGGUUUGAAUUGGGUCAAUGCUAAAAUUUCAAGUCAACCCUCAUUUUUGUUAGAUCUCUACAAAACUUCUGCGUUGUCACUAUCAUUUGAUCAAAAUAAAGGCAUAAAUUUUUCUCAAAACAAAGAAUGGUGUGCUCGCUUUUUAUCUUUCCUAGAAAAUUAUACUUGGAUUAUUAAAGAAAAAUUCAUAUCACCUGAAGUUUUAAUGCAAAAAGAGAUGUUCACUUUUCGAGAUUCCAUCAACAUUUUUAUAAAUAAAAUGGUUUUAUCUAUUGAUUUGGAUCUUUCUCUCAACAUUUUGGAAUUUGAUGAUCAAAGCUCAAAUCUUAUUGUGGAUUCCGAGGAAUUUCUGACUCCUGCAGAAAGAUCACAAUUGACUAAAUGCCGAAUUAAAAUGACCAAUAGUUUUAUUGAUUUUAUUAUUGCUCUUCUUGAAGCUGCAAUCAAUGACAACUUGAAUGUACAGAACUCAAGCAUAUUUAACGAUUUAUUUUUCAAGGCUUUGGCAAGAUGGUUGUUCUUUGCUGAAAAAUUGGAAUUAGGAUCUUUGAUCAAUAAUAAUAAUGAGAAUUCAUAUGAUGGAUUUUCAAGAAAGUUGUAUACUUUAUUGUCAUUGUUUAAACAAAUCUCUCAUUCCGAUUCGCUUCAAUUUAACAACUGUAUUCAGGAAAUAUCAAUGGUGGCAUUUUCUAAGAAUGUUGAUUUAUUAAAUAUUGAAUUAGAAUCGUCUGCUUACGGUUUCAAAAUGCUCAAUGAUGCUGGGAUAUUUGAUGAUCUAUUCAAUCGGAAUUUAGGCAAUUUUUCAUCUGUGCAUACUGUGCAUAAUUAUAUCUCACUUAUAUGUGAUAAAAUCGUUUCUCUUCGAGAUGUCAAAUAUCCACAUUGGAUCCAAUUGUUGAAUAAUUUGCUUACUUUCGUUCUGAGUAGAAAUUCUAAUGAUAUUAAUAAAUGGUUACUUAGUGACUUAAUCGGAUAUUCUAGAAACAGUUCCACUUCGAGUUAUGAAGAUAGUUGCAAUUAUUACCAGAAGGCGAAUUCUUAUGGGGGUGACCAAAAAUUUCUGUUAAAACUUUGGAAAGAUCUCAUUAAAUUGGAUUCUAAUUUGUUAAAACGUCAAUCUACGAACGAAUUCAAACAACUUUUUUAUGAUAUAUAUCUCACAUUUUUAACACCGGAGACUGAACUUGAUUUUAAAAGUGAAGCAUUCGAUUUAUUGCCUGCUUUCCUAAAAUCUGAUAUGCCAAAAGACAAGAUCGAAGAACUCAUUGAAGGAAUGUUAAAUUACCAAUUUCCUUUAUUGUCCUCAGAAUAUUCUCGUGAUGGACCUAAAAAUAUUGCGCUUUUUAAAAUCUUUGUCCCAACUUUUGUUCGAGAAACUGAUCAUAUUUAUGCUAAUGAGUUUCAGGAACAGUUGGGAUUAUUUGUUUCCCAUCUUUCUGGUAAAAAAUUUGUAGAAAUGUCAGAUAUUGCUUUUGGAUAUUUUCAAAAUUCAAAAUUUGCCAAUUUUCAUCGAAAUAUCAUUCAAUCAAUUCUAACCCCAAUAUUGAUGCAAGGAUCUAAAAACUUUGUGAUUGAUUUCUAUAAGAAAUGUGUCAAAGAAUUAAUAGACAUCAUUGAACGUGAUCCUCGAAUUAGGAACGAUCAAGAAAGAAUUUAUGAACUUGAUGCAAAAGCUGUUAAUGAGGAAGAUAUAUAUACAGAUAAAAGUGAAAUUGUUCAAUCUUAUUGUCGGGGUAGACAAGUGAAAGCAAAAGAAUUAACUCGUAAAGUUAUGGAGAUCUCUCAUAAAACAAAAUCCAAAUCAGAAAAUGAUGAAUUUGCUAAUAACGAUGUUCAAGAAGCUCGACUUUUAUUUAGAUGUGCCGCAUAUAAUGCAUUGGCCGCAGCAAUAAUGUGUACUCAAACUGGUCAACAAUUUUAUAAAACAUUCUUAUUUUCCGAAAACGUUACAAAAGGAGAGUAUACAUGGGAAAAUAUCGUUGACUUGAAAGUUAAAUUUGAGUUUAAAGUUGAAUUGGAUCAACCUUUUUUCAAAACAAAGCUUGAUGAUUUUAGAUCCAAGUCAAGUUCUUCAUUCCAAUCAAUGAAAAAAUCUAGUAGUUUGAAGUAUUUGACAUCUCAAUAUCUUGUAGAUUCCAGUAUCACAGGGAGUACUGAUUUAUUUGACAAUACAAUUACUGGUGAAUUCACAAAUGAUGACAAAGGGUCAAUACCGAUGGAAAUGGAUGAUAACUCCGAAUUUCAAAGUUUAAAUAAUCUCAGAGAACUUGAAGUUGAUUCGAUCAACCGUAAUCCCUGUAUGAAAAUGAUAAUUAGAGCUAUCGAAAGACUUCAUACAACUGUUACUCCGCCUCCUAGUGAAUUAGUAGAUUCGAUGCCGGGAUGGAUGAACGACAUGCACAAAAAAUUCACAAAGAAAGAAACACAUAUCAAUAUACGACUUUUUAUCGCUAAAAUUAUAACUAAUAUUCCGGAAGCUUUUGAAAAAAAUAUUUGUCAUAAAAAUCGUCCCGUCCUUCAUAAUAAUCUUCAAACUAUUAAAGGAAUUUUUGAAAUCUGGCAUGAAUUUAUUGUUGUUCCAACACGAGUGAUUUAUGAUUAUAUCAAAAAUUCAAAUGAUAAUCAAGAUCAAAUAUUAGCGGGUUUACAACUUUUAGGAAUUGUAUUGGCACAUGAUAAACCUCCUUUUCAACAAGAGGUUGGAAUUGAUUUAGGAGGGUUGACAGAAGAAACUUUUUAUUGGGAUCUCGUAAAAAAGUUGAAUCAUGCAAAAUUUACUAUACGAAAUCUUUUUUCGGAUAAAUUUAUCCGUCAUGUUUUUAAUCUUUUACCACGUCUUACUACAAUUAAUGAUAAAAAAUUUUUAGCUUUGGAACUUAUAUCUUUUUGUGCUGAUAAAUUAUUAAUUAUAUAUUUUUGUAACAUAUAUAGAAAUGAUAGCGAACAGCUUAUUGCUUUAAGAAUCCUUAAUGGUAUCUUAAAGCAGCAAUAUGAUUCUGAAUUAAUCAAUUACUUUUUAGAAACUUUGAUAGAAAGUUUUUACGAUCAUCAAAAUAUCGAAUGUCGUAAUAUUCCUAAUCAAUCUUCUGAUUAUAAAAAAAUUAAGAAAAAAGUUAAAUCAGGUCUAUUGCGAGGAUUGGCUGAUGUUAAUGAAAGUAUUCAACAAACAAUAACAGAAUUUUGGCAUGAACAACAAGAAUUAUCUCAAGAUACUUUCGCGAGAUUAAAAGUUCUUAUAGGAAAUUUAUAUAGUUCCGAGAUAGAAACUAUCUUUUUGCACUAUGCCUGUUUUCUAUUACUCGAAGGGUCGAAGAAAUCGCCUGAUUAUAAUAAACCAAUGUUCGAUCAACCACUACCACAUUCCAAAUUUGAUAAUUAUGAUAACAUAGAUACAUCGUGGCAAUUCCACAGCACAAUGACGCCUCUUUUCGUGAAUACUCAACAAAGCAAUCCUAAUAAAAGAAUUAAAAGUAACCAAGAUGGUUUUAUUCGCGCUACGAAUAAUAAUUAUGAGUUCUCACUUACCAUUGAUCCAGAAACGGGCUCAAUGAGCUCGAUGGGCUCUCAACUUGGCAACUGGUCUUUAACCCAAUCAAAUCUAUUCUUUUCUCCAACAAGUGCUCGAACUUUGGGUAAAAGAAAACAAAUAUUACAAGAAGAUAAUUCAUUACCAACACAAAUUUCACAGUAUCAAAAUUUACGAAAACGUGUUUUUUCCUCUUAUUCAUCUUCACAAGCUUCCGAAAAAGAAUUUUAUCGAAAAUUGGCUCAUACUAAGAAGAAAAGAUCAGAAAUUUCAACUUCUGCACGGCCCGAAUCUCUUUCGCAGCAAGUUUCUAUGUUACGCCAAUAUCGUGUUGGUGAUCUUCCAGAUAUAGAAAUAAAAUUUUCAGAAAUAGUUGUCCCCUUACAAGCGUUAGCACAGCGCGAUUUAGAAAUUUCACGUAUAUUAUUCACAUCAAUGUUUGUUUCUUUAUAUAACCUCAUUGAUGAAAAUGUUAAUAUGGAACCUGACUCACAGGAAGAAUAUAAAGAUUCUUUUGCACGUAGUAUCCGAGACAUUCUCAUAAAUUCGACAACAUAUUUUUCUCCAUUGAUAAGCAGUUGUUUAAGAAUUUGUUUCGAGGCCUUAGAUACACGCAUAGACCCGACAGUUAUAAGAAAAGUCAGUGAAAUCUGUUCUUCCGAAUCGAUGGGAAUAAGUUUGAUUGAACGUCAGUUAUCGAAUCUUGCUACUUCACAAAGAGGAUCCAAGAGGAUUCGUGUUAAAGAAUCUGCUACACCAGAAAGUUUGUUACCUUGGGUAGAGUUGGCAAAUCUUUAUAAGUCCAUUGAUUCUCAUGAUAUUUACAAAAGCAUUUAUGAGAACCACAUCGCUCACAGUCAAGUUACUAAGGAUGCUCUCAAUUCUGAAUUUAUUGGUGAUUACGGUUCGGCAUGUAAGCUUUAUUUAGAAGCACUUGGGUCGGAAGACGAAAAUGCUGACGAAAAUGAGAUUAGAGUGUGGGAGGAAGGUAGAUUUGAAUGUUACGUAAAGUUGUCACAAUGGGAUGAUUUGGCCGAAACUGUUCUUUUAGACAUUGAUAGGGAUCUAGAUAAACUAUGGGAUGACGAUUAUCAGGAUCCAUAUCUUCAAUACUUUAUGAGAAGCAUGUUUAAAUUAGCUCAUGGAACUGAUAAUCAUGAUAGCCAUCGUCAAAUGUUUUUGAAUUUUAUCGAAAAUGCUAUGAAUGAUUCAGAUCAUAAGACACUUCUCACUUCCCAAUAUCCAAUAGCGUUAACAUCAAUUGCUCGAAAUGAAUUUGAACAAGCACGGUCAUAUGUUCGAAAAGCAUAUGAUAGUUUCUUAUUCAAUUGGUCUACUUUACAUCCUUUGGCAAUUGGUACUCGUUUAAAUAAAUUGAGCUCUCUUCAAGAGAUUGUCGAAAUGGAAGAAUAUUUGAAUCUUGCGCAAUCUUCGAAUAGAUUGAAAAAUCGGAAUAAAUUAACUUCUUGUUGGAGUAAAAGGUAUCCUUCGAAGCAACUUGAUCCUACUAAUUCCUGGGAUGACAUAAUAACAAGUCGUCAUUUAAUUCUUGGUGAUAUGACGAAUUGGCUGAGAGAAGACCAAAAUUUCAAUGCAAUUAAAAACAAACUGGAAUGUCAAGAAUUAUUGAAAAUGUCGUCAGCUGCAAGAGUCCAGGGGAAUUUUGAAGUUGCACGAGUAUGUCUUAGUAAAUGCCGAACUUUAGACGUUCGUUGCAAAGAUGACAUAGAAUAUUAUGAAUUCAAACUUCAAAUUAAAGAAGCCAUGUCCACAGGAGAUACCCAGAAUAGGGCUACUAUUUUAAAAAAAAUGACUAAUAAUUUCGAAGAAAUACAGAUUUCCGAUACGAGAAUUGAUUUGAAAUGUCGCGUAAUCGAGUGUGAAACUUAUUCUCUUGAGAUAGCUGAAUUUGACAAACCUGAAAUUAUGGAAAAAUAUUCAUAUCUCGGGGAUCGAUUGAAUAGCUCUGUCGAGAAAGCUAUGCUUCAUCUUAAGCCCUCUGAUCAAGCCAAGAUUUUCGUCAAAUUCGCAAAGUUUUGUGAUAAUUAUCUUAGACGUUUGGAAUCUGAUGAUAACUUGAAAAAUAUAUCAAUUGAUAAAGAUUUAUAUGCUUCAAGUGUUGUGCAAAAUAUCUUACGAGCAAUAGAAUACGGAUCAAAAGAAGCUUCUGAAUUUUUCCCGCGGUUGCUACAAAUAAUCGAUUUAUAUGAACCAUCUCAACAAACUUUUGAACUGAAGGUAAAAUCAUUUGGGCCUGUAUGGAAAUUAAUCCGAUGGAUUCCUCAAAUUGUGGCUGUUUUGGAUAAACCAUCAGCCCAAUGCCUUGCAGAUUUAUAUCCAAAUAGUUUGUAUUAUCCACUUAAAAUUAGUAGUGAACAUUACAAGUUCGAUGAAAAAAAUAAAUUUGUGCUGGAAAAUAAAUGUAAAAUUCAACAAUUGAAGCAAAUAAUCAAGAGUGAUGUCAUGGAGAUAUUAAUAGAAGAACUUGAAAGACUUUCAAAUCCUGAAAAUAUUUUUAAGUCUUGGAUUCAAACAAUAGGGCUUUUUUUAAAAAUUCUUAACCAUUUUUCUUUACUUAAAGAAUUUGCUUCCCGACAUUCGGAUUAUCUUAUUCAAUUUUGUGGAAUUGAUGGAUCAAAAUUAGCAAAGAUGAUCUAUCAGGAAUUUCUGGUUUUAGUGAAUUAUUGGAAACAAAAUAUUGGAACCGGAACGGGAGAAAAAAAACCCGGAGCUAAUUUGCUGAAGUCUUAUUCUACGUGGCUUGCUGAGUUCUCAUGGUAUAAUGUGGAUGGGGAUAUCGAAAUACCUGGCCAAUACGAUGGGUUAACUAUUCCAGAUCCAAGACAUCAUGUUAAAAUCGCAAAUUUUGAGCAAAGAGUAUUGGUCUUAAAUUCUAUAAGAAAACCCAGGAAAAUUACUAUUGUGGGAACAGAUGGAAACGAUUAUCCUUUCCUCGUAAAGGGAGGAGAGGACUUACGAUUGGAUCAAAGAGUCAUACUUUUAUUCUCAAUAAUGAAUGAAUUAUUGCGUAAAGAUUUCUAUUGUUCUCAACGAAAAUUGGAGUUAAGAAUAUAUAAAGUAAUCCCAAUGACGGGUAGCUUGGGAAUAAUUGAAUGGCUUCCCGAAACGCAAACAAUUAAAAGUUUUAUUGAGCGAGAACUAUUCAAUGAGGAUAUCAUUACAAAAACUCAAGAAGAGCAUACUAAAUGGGCUAUGGAAGAUAAUCAAGGUUAUCCCUGUUUAUUAAAAAAUGCAAAACGUGAUGAUGUGGUUAAACAUAUAACACGACUUCAAAGCAAGGUUAAUGCAAAUUCUCUUAAAAAGGCGUUAUAUAAACUUGCUGCUUCACCAGAAGCGCAUUUGUCAAUUCGCUCAGAAUUUGUGAAGAAACUUGCAGUUAUAAAUGUUUGUGGUUAUUUGAUUGGGAUUGGAGAUAGGCACUCGGAAAAUUAUUUAAUUGACUUUACCAAUGGUUCUCUGGUAUCAAUUGAUUUUGGACACGCUUUUGGAUCGGCAACUGAAACUAUAGAUGUACCAGAAUUAGUACCAUUUAGACUUACCAAACAAAUUGAGUCUCUAAUGUAUCCAUUGGGACCUAAGGUUAUGCAUGCACACAAGGAUAUAUUAUUAAAUGCCAUGGAAAUUUUCGUUAAAGAACCUUUAUUAGAUUGGCAAACGAGGGCUAGAAAACAAGCAAGAUAUCAAAGAAAUCAGGAUAGUAAUGAAAUCGAUUAUCAACCUCGAACUGAAUGGUAUCCACGUAAAAAAUUGGAUAUCGCUCGACGGAAACUUGAAGGUGAAAAUCCAGCAUAUAUUGUAUGUGAAGAAUUAAUGUCUGGUCAUGCAAGGAAACCCUUUAUUGAUCAUAUUCAAGAUAUAGCAAAAGGAUCCCCUGAACAUAAUAUUAGAGCUCGUGUACCUCAAAAAUGUGGUAGUGUUAAAGAACAAAUUGAAUGUUUAAUUGAUUUAGCAACUGAUCCCUAUGUACUUGGUGUAAUGUGGGUUGGUUGGAUCAGCUGGGUAUAA